GUUUUAUCAGGCAGUUCCACUGUUGACAUCAUCGGUAAAGCGAUUUCAGUCGGGUAACUUUAUACCAUUAGUUUUCAUAAUGUAAACCGUCAGCAGGGAUGAUUCUGCUCCUUGCUCCCCACCUCCUCCAGCAUCGCCUCCUCCUCCUCACGUCCUCCAUUCUCCUCGUCAUCCCCCUCCUAUCCCUCCAUCCUCUCCCCUGUCAGCCCUGACUACUCCUUCGCGACAGGGAAGACUGAAUUUUGCUGGCGCUAUGGUGGACGUCAGCAAGUGGCCCCUGUUCUCUCUGCUGAACAUCGAGGAACUAGCCACAGUCCGGCAGGCCUGUGUCUUUGGAACCUCUGCUAAUGAGGCCAUCUACAUCACACAUGGCAAUGAGGUAUUUGUGUUUGGGUUGAACAGCAGCAGCUGCCUUGGCACAGGAGACAGUUUGAGCACCAUUGUGCCAAAGAAACUGGACUUCCUGCGGGGGAAGAAAGUUGUCAGCCUGAGCUACGGCAGCGGGCCCCAUGUCCUAUUGGCUACUGAUGAUGGACAACUGUUUGCUUGGGGUCACAAUGGCUACAGUCAGAUAGGGAAUGGGAAUACCAACCAGGGACUGUCCCCGGUGCUGGUCACCGCUAACUUACAGGACAAGAAAGUGAGAGAAGUUGCAUGUGGCUCACAUCACUCCAUGGCCCUCAUUCACGAUGGAGAGGUCUUUGCAUGGGGUUAUAAUAACUGUGGUCAGAUUGGCUCUGGCUCCACAGCCAACCAGCCCUACCCCAGAAAAGUCACCGGCUGUCUGCAGGGCAAGGCUGCUGUUGCCGUCACAUGUGGACAGACCUCCUCCAUGGCUGUGAUGGACAACGGAGAGGUUUAUGGCUGGGGCUAUAAUGGUAAUGGACAGCUUGGUAUCGGUAACAAUGGGAACCAGCUGACGCCUUGCCGCCUUGCUGCGCUCCAGGGGCUGUGCAUUCAACAGAUCGUAUCAGGCUAUGGCCACUGCCUGGCACUAACAGAUGAAGGGCUGAUGUAUGCCUGGGGAGCAAACACCUACGGUCAACUAGGAACUGGCAACAAGAGCAACCUCCUGAAACCUGUCCAAAUCAUGGCUGAUAAAGAGAGGAUUGUAGAGGUCGCAGCAUGCCAUUCAACACACACUUCAGCAGCCAAGACCCAAAGCGGGCAGGUGUAUAUGUGGGGUCAGUGUCGGGGGCAGUCCAUUGUCAUGCCACACCUCACACACUUCACGAACACUGACGACGUCUUCGCCUGCUUCGCCACGCCCUCUGUCAUGUGGAGGCUCAUGUCUAUGGAGCAUGAUGACUUCCUGACCGUCGCGGAGGCUCUGAAGAAAGAGUUUGACAGUCCGGAAACAGCUGACCUAAAGUUCAGCGUUGACGGCAAAUGCAUUCACGUUCACAAAGCUGUGCUGAAGAUCAGGUGUGAGCAUUUCCGGUCCAUGUUUCGCUCCCAGUGGACGGAGGAUCAGCAGGACGUGAUCCAGAUCGACCAGUUCUCUUACCCCGUCUACAGAUCCUUCCUGCAGUUUCUCUACACAGACACUGUUGACCUUCCACCUGAGGACGCCAUCGGCCUGUUGGACCUGGCCACCUCUUACUGUGAAAACCGCCUGAAACGUCUGUGUCAGCAGAUCAUCAAGAGAGGAAUCACUGUGGAAAACGCCUUUACCCUGCUCUCUGCUGCCAUACGAUACGACGCAGAGGACCUGGAAGUGUUUUGUUUCAGGUUUUGUGUAAACCAUCUGACUCAGGUGACUCAGACCGGAGCCUUCUGGCAGGUGGACGGUGCGAUGCUCAAGGAGUUUAUCAGCAAAGCUAGCCGCUGCGGCGCCUUCAAGAACUGAGUGGUACUCUUUUUGCAAUUUACAAACUAUACACUGACCAAGUGGAUGUGGCUGUGUUUUGAGUAUAGUAGCGGGGUGUGUCGCUGCUCCAAAUGUUAUCGGCUCUGGUCACAUUCCUCAAGAGAGUGAAGGCCCUUUUUUUUUUUUUUUUUCAAGCGUGAUUUACGUAUUGACUAAGGCACAUGUUGGCACACGAGCAGCAUCAUUCACAAGAUGUUGGACUGGAGCUUAAGCUGCAUUAUCUGUGGAUCUGAAAUCAGCACUUUGGCCAAUUCCUGUGGAGUCACUCAACGAAAUGAUGGCACCUUUAUCUGUCACACUGCAUUUUAUUUUUUACAUGAUGUAUGUAUACUUGAAUUUUUGUUUGUUCUCUUGGCCAGCGCUGACAUGUACUUCCUUUCACUUUUGGAAAAGUUAACAUGCAAAAACCUGGAAGGGAUAUAAAGCUACUUCAGAGAAGUCUUUCUGAUGGAACUGAAAGAGAUGUUUUGUUAAAAGGGGUUAGAUAACUGACUUACACUGGCCAGAACACUAGUACCACUGUACGGAAACACAUCUACUUUGCAUUUCUGUCAUUUUCGAUUUGCAAUCUUUGUAUUUAGACAAAAGUAGCUCUUGGAUGUGUUAAACUUUCAAACCUAAUGUAAUUGUUGAAGCUAUUGAGUUGAUAAAAAGGGCUGAGGCCCAAUUAGAGGCAUCAACAUGCAGAGUUUAUCCAGACCUACUGUGGACUGUUACUGCUCACUUGGCUGGUAUUUUAAUUGUUCCCUGAGCUGAUGUUCUGUACUUUUUUGAAAUAUCAAAACCAUUGUUGAAUGUAUAGUAUUUCCUUUUUAUACCAAAGUCUGUUGUUCUGCCUGACUUAAUUUUUUUUGCUCAAUGGCACUUUAAGAACCAACAUUUGCUUCUUCUUCAUAUUCAGUAAAACAAAGGUUGAAAGCAUUGCUGCAGGAAACCAAGUUCAAAAAACCUUUUUUCUUGUCUUUGCAAGUGUGACAGUUGUAAAAUUUAUUGAAGGCAGAUGGUAUGUUGCAGAUGCUUUAUAUUCUAAGAUUAACAUUAUUUUCCUGAUGACACUGGGACCUUGAACGGAUUCAAGAUGACUGUUUUCAUCUGUUUGCGCUUGCUACUGUUAUUGAGGCAAAAGGAAAGAAACAAAUGGGCAAUGCAGCAAAGUUUGUAAGACCAAAACGACAAAUCACAUUUUCUGCAGAUUUGUCUGUAGACAGUGAAAAUGCACUGCACUGAAGGCACUGCAAGCUAAAGCAGUAUGACCACUUUGAAAUGCUCUGCAGUAAUAAGUAAGAUGUUUUGUUGAUAUUCUGUUAGCUUGGGCUGAUGAUGACCAAAAACUGCCUGCAGGUCCGAGAGAUGUGUGUUAUUGAGCAGGUCAGCUGGAAGACUGGUAAGAUAAGUUUCUGAUUCCUCUGUUAGGUUUCUAUUUCUUGAUACACUCAGAUGCUCAAAAGGACCAUUUUAAUUUGGCUUGAACUUGAGUUGAAUCUCUGUUUAUCAUAAAAGUGCAGCUUCAUUCUGGUUAGAAAACAAUUACAGAUGCUUUGACAUUAGAUUUCUAUGGAAGUUAACGCUUUAAUGGAAAUGAUAAGCAGGUUUACAGCUUUCUUCUUGUUUUAUAUGAAAAGUAAAACUGGAAAAAAUAUGAUUGGUUUACUCGCUGUAUUAAGAUAAUAUAUAUUUUUAUUGUGCUUUGUUAAGCUUUUAUUUACAUAGGACAAGUUUAUAAAACUGCUGGUAAUUUGGUUUAAAUGCAACUUACAUCAUAAUGGUUUGCUUUGAGGCAAGCGGUAUUAUAGUUGUGGGGUUUAUGUUACUUUUUUGCUAUUGUGACAUGUUAUUUUAUUUUGUUUUUUAUAUUUAGCUAUGGGAUGAUAUGUUUCUGUGACGAAAUAAAACAACUCCAAACUCUG